AUGAAAACGACACGAUGCUUCCACUGCAAGAGCUUCCACAAAUCAGCGUUAUGUAACAGACAUGAUACGAACGCUAUUCAGAUGAACAAGAGUAAGGAAAAGGUGGAACCAAUGUAUAUAACUAAUUCAGUGACUGAUCAAAAGGAUCCACAAGAAAAAACGAUUUUACUAUUGCGUAAAGAAGUUAGCGUAAUCAAUCUCGAAGCUCCGGAGAUAGAAACACAGGCACUAGUACUAUUUGACCAAGGAUUUAGCGAAUCGACUAAGCCUGCAAAGAAUUACAGAGGAAGAUAUAAGCAUCGCUUCAUUCGGCGAUAA